CGCUGUUAUAUCGAUUAACUUCCAUCUUUAGGAGUCGGGCACGUUUUUUUUUUGUAAACAAACGGAAUAACCUUUUUAAAAACUGAAAUGGGCGCCCUUGCAGAGUUGGCUGGGGACGAGAAGAAUGGCGAGGGAUCUCGCACAUUUGUGUUCUUCAACGAGGGCCAUACGCUGGGCAAUGCGCUCAAGACGAUAAUUGCUCGAUACCCGGAGGUAGACUUUUGCGGGUACACCAUUCCGCAUCCCACCGAGCAGAAGCUGCACUUCCGCAUUCAAGCCCGCAGAGAGCGAGCCGUAGAUAUACUGAAGCGGGGACUGGAGGAUCUGGAGGCGCUGUGCGAUCACACAAUGGUCACAUUCGAGAAUGAGAUGAAGGAAUUUAAUACUAUGAAAGAGGAGAAUACAUGAUGGGCCCGAGGCUAUAAACUAGA